UAAACAAGCAAACAUAUUCAAAGCUAAACGCACCCCGCAUAACGUACACACAACAACCUAGAGCAAUGAGAGUCACACGGUCGAAUCCGCACAUUUUAAUCUAACCGUCAACAUACCAAUAAUCCUCACCAAAAGUGUGUUUAGCGAUUUCGAAGGGCGGACGAAAACUCUGCCAUAUCCCACCCGCGACCGCACCCCCUGGAAUCAUGCACGAAAAAAUGGAACAAAUCGCAAUCAAAUCCCCUUACCCUCAACCGUGUGCCGCCCCUCCGGCUUGGCAUCGCAAGACCUCCCAAUGGCGUGAUCCUCCCCCCCUCGCCUGAUUUCGUCUUCGCCAACGAAAGGUCUUCCCUGACUCCGCUACUCCUCUGGGGGGUGGUUGUGUGGUCGGGCGGGAAGCAGCAGCGCAUUGGCGGACAGCAGCGCAUGUGCAACAGAAAGCGGAGCGGCUGCAGGGCCACAUCGGACGAGCAGCGGCACGAAGCAGGUGCAGGUCGCGGUUCUGGUCGGAAGGAGCCAGCAGGGGGGCGUAGGAGUGGUGGUGCGGCUGGCGGCGGGAGAAGGGAGACAGGGCGGCCCCGGAGGCGGAGCUCGACCGCGAGCGUGGCACGCAUAGGCUGUGGGUGUUGUGGUGCAGCACGUACGACGCACUGCAAGGGGAUCCGGCGGUGGCGCACAUGGCCAUGGGGGCAGCAUGAGGGGCGCAGUGGGAGAAGAGGGAGAGAUGGGAGAAGAGAAUGGAGGAAUGGGAGGAGGAGAGGGAGAGAGGUGCGGCGAACAGGCGUGGCUCGCCGGCCGCCGGCGACGUCUGUCGAGGCCACCGAAGGUGAGAGAUCAGAAGCACACGACAGCCCUCCCCAUAGCGGCGGCGCGCCUCCUAAGAUCGUGAUGCAAGGCUCAGCAUUUGUCGAGGAGGGCAUCCAGCAGCAGCUAUGCAUGCUCGCCUACAGUAUGGAUGAAUCAGAGCAUGGAGCGGCAACGGUCCUAGCAGGAGCAGGGCAGCCACGACGUCUCCUUACAUCAACUUUCAGAAACGAAGGGAAGAUAGCCUAUAAAGGGAGGACAAAAUAUUUGUGGCCAGGGACGACCAAAAAGCACCGGGGUGUGCUGGUUCACAAGGUUGGAUACGUGCCAUCUACUUUGAUUCCGGCUAAAAUAUAAAAUUCAUUACUUAAGUGGUUUGAAAGAUUGGUUCUCUAGCAAGCAGGGAAUUUCCCUCACUGUAUGGGGCUGAAAUUGAAUCUAUUAUUGAUGUUUUUGUUACACCAUCAUUAUCCAUUCCAAGUAUGUACUCUUAUUUCCUUUUAUUUGAGUUGUCCUUUUUAAAACUACUGCUCCAAUGGCUCAUAUGGUAGUUCUUGUACCCUAUUCUUCACAUUUUGUCAGGCAGUUGAUUUAUUAGGUUGGUGCACUGCCAUGCUAUGUGUCUUGAUAUUUUUAUGCUUCUGGCAACAUUUGUUUUUCAUUUAAGUCGCAAGUGGUCCGAUCCAUGACAUUUGAUAUCAGGAAACUAUUUCCAUUGUGACAGUACUAAUACAGGUUUUUUGCUCUA